AUGAUCAUCACUUCUAUCUUCUUGUUCUCAACUUUGUUGAUUUUCACAAGCGUUGCGAAGGUAGCCGCAAACCCAGAUGAAACAAAACUACUUGAACAGCUCUUCCUUGAUUUGACCAUCGACGAGGUCGUCAAUCGAUCGAACGGAUUGAUAGUUAACGAGCCAUGGGCUAUUGAAUAUGUGACCGCUAUCCGGGAGAAAAGAUUUGGCGAUGCCACCUGGGCACGACACCACGUUAUCGGCGAUAUCCAGAAUGGCACAUUCUCUGAAGUGAACCAGACUAUCUUUCAAGCAAUCGAGAAAGAUGCCAUUGGGUAUAGAUCCUACUACCCUGAACAAUACUCGGACGCUUUAGCUAUUUACGCCAAUAUAAGUAAUGCCGAUACGCGCACCGAUAUUCUAAACCUCAUAUCAAAUAUCAAGGCUGAAACAGUCUCAGAAAUGGAAAAACGCGUGACAUACGGUAUCAAGUGCAGCGCGGAUCACCUCGCCUACAGAUCGAGCUGCUAUCGUCUUCUCGAACUUAUGUCCCAGGCAAAGACAAAUAUCGGAGACACGAGAAGGGUAUAUACCUAUAUGUCGUGUCAUCUGAGGGUCGGUCCAUACGGUGGAGGAACCGGGGAUAUCACGUAUCAUACGGCUCAUCUCGUGGCCCGUCUGAUUGAAGAGCAAUGUAGCCGAUGCCCCGCACACUGCGAAUCAAUCAAGGUGUCCGGAUUUUCACCGGGGAACUCUGGUCAUCGUAAAGUCCGCCUUAGCAGUAAGGAUGAUGGCUGCUACUGA